AUGAUCAGCGGGACGACAGGUGAUACAGGUGAUACAGGUGAUGCCAUAGCUUAUCAGCACUCACACGUACAACGUGUUGAUAACAUCAUCGUGUUGUUAAGCUAAAAAGGGACAAAAGAUGAGCUGGCUCUCGUCGACUUCGAUUUCUCGUCUCUCCCAGCUACCGUUCAGAAAUGUAAAGGAAUCCGAACCUGCGACCAUGCCCGAAAAAUUGUAUGGGUUGCCGAUAUCCGAGCACAUUUUUAUCUCCUACCAAAUGCUGAUAAAGAUGGGAAGAACAGUAGAGUUGCCCAGAAUAUCAUCUUAGCAAGCGCUGGCCGCGUCUUCCUUACUGUUCAAGCUGAAGAUCCAGAGUUGGAACCGUACUUCAAAGAAAUCGAGCAGCUCGUUGAAGAAGAGAGUGAUGUGUCUGAAAUCAUCCCACCCUACUAUCCUAUGGAAAAUUUUUACGUAGUAUCUCCACCAUAUAACCUAGCAACAUGUGAAAUUGAGAAAAAUAUGCUAACAAUACGUCGUUCAAUAUUCUGCUACUUAACGAAUACCACACAAUUUAUUGCUGAAAAUCGCUCGAUCAGUACGGAAUUUUGGAAUGAUUGGUUAUGUGAUCAGACGUUUAUACGGGAUAGUUUGAGUAGCGUUAGGGACACAAUCGAAGCCAAUUUGACACUGUUCACCGUCGUUCGCCAUCCAAUCGAUCGAUUUCUCAGCGGAUACGUCGAUAAAUGCAUGAACGAACUAACCUACUACACAGAGGAUGAGCGAUGUUUCGGAUGUCGGAACGACAUGCGUUGUUUUGUCGACGUUCUUCACGAAGUUUUUAUGGAGUACUACAACAAUAGCACUGAGACUGAAGACGAUCCUGAAAUGGCGCGCAUGGAUCACUACUACAUUCGACACUUUGCACCCCAAACAUGGUGA